AUGGAAAAUGAAGAGAAAAGGAUCAAUAAUACUCUGACCGAAUGGACAGUCGAAAAGUUUCUUGAUAUGCGCAAAGAGGUUUUGGAGAGACAGAAGGAUCUUGAAAAGUCAAAUAUGGAAAUGGUUGAGAAACUCAGAUUAUGCGAUGAAAAAAUUGAGAAACUGGAAAAGGAACUUCAACCGAAACUGAAUGAAACCGACAAGACACUGAAACCAGAAAUAUCGCCGGAAAUGGAAGAGAACAACGAUACUGCAGUUAUCACCACUCAGGAUUUUCAGGAAAACGACGAGGAAAUGAUUUCGACAUCUGGAAAGUAUUUUGUGUUGAAGCAUACAUUCAACAACGUGUCUAGCUUCGAAGAUGGCACCGAUUAUUUUAGUGAGAAGGAAGAACAUUUUGGUGUUCCAUGGAAAAUUCAGGUGGAACGGUACAAUGGAUUUCUCAAAUUAUAUCUCAGAAACGAAUUACUUCGCAAUACUGAGAAAAAAUGGGAAAUUGAAGUUGAAAAUGAAAUGAAAAUAGUGUCUCCUAGCUCCGGAGGAAGGAAAGAGAAAAGAGAAGAGAAGGCUCGAGAUGUUUUCAAAAGUGACGAUAAUUUCACUGGAUGGGGAUAUUCACAUUUCAUGGAAUGGGACGAACUGGAAAAGAAUUUCGUGUUUGAUGACUGUUUCUGUGUUGAAAUUGCAGUGAAAGUGAAAAAGAUGACAGGAAUUUACAAACAAAAUCUGAGAAGUUUCGACAAAACAAUGGAACAAUAUUCGGAUACCGUUCUAAUCGUCAACGAUGAAAAGUUUUAUGUUCUGAAAUCGACCCUUGCCACGGAUUCUCCAUAUUUCAAGACUUUGUUCAUGAGAAAAUUCAAUGAAGCACAGAAUACUGAGAUCAAACUGUCUGGAAUCGAUCCGGACGAUUUUCAGAAGUACCUCGAAGUUCUUUAUGGAGAACAAGCGAUCGAUGAAUUAACUGUCGAACGGAUCCUUAUGGUGGCUGACAUGUACGACACCCCACUGGCCAUUAAGAAGUGCGAGAACUUUCUACAGAAGGAAUCGAAGAAAACGCUGAAAAAGAAGGUGGAACUGUCUAGUCGAUACAAGUUGGCUGCACUCAAAAAACAAUGUCUCGAGGAGAUCAAAUCGGUGGAUGAUUUGAAAUCAGUUAUUCCCGGAGAUGUUCACGAUUUGAACCCAUCGAUCAUGGCAGAGUUAUUUCAAAAAUCACUUUCUUUUCAUAAUUCUAAUUAA